UUGUAUCAUCUCAAUUCUCCCUCCCACCCUUCAAUUUCCUUUGCCUCCCCCAGGAUGCUAUUCUCAACGCCUGUUACCGGGGCUGCCGGCUGUUUUCCAUCUGUCAUUUUGUGGAUGCCACCGCUGAGCUGAAUGCAACCAGAGCCGAGUGCGAAUCGGCCUGUAUGGAAGCCUACAUUGGUGGGGAGGAGCAGUUUGGCUGUACAACUGGAUGUAAGACACAGCUGCCGGAAAUGGAAAGCAGAGGAGAAAAGAUGAUUCAAGAUCAGAAAGCGGCCUCGUUCUCCGUCUUUGACCUGGUCUCCAGUUUUUGCAACGAUAUCGUCAGCUCUGCUCAGAGUUUUAUUUCUUCCACGUGGACCUUCUAUCUGCAGGCAGAUGAUGGAAAAGUAGUAGUGUUUCAGUCACAACCAGAGGUGGAGUAUCCAGUUCCAGAGGUCCAGGCACCCAAGUCAGAGGUUUUGGAGAAAGCCUGGACAGUCUCUGCCUCCAACACCUUGAAGCCACACACAGGUAAUGCAAGGAUUCAGGAUGGGUCUGAGGCUACCUGCAGCAUCAGAUGA